GACAUCACGCUCUUUCUCUAAUUAAAAUAUCACUUGUUUGCACUUCGCGUCCAUAACGAUAAGAAUAAAACAAUGUCUGGGCAAAAAUACUCAACGGUUUCUUGAAACUAUUUCUGAGAACUGUAUACGUAUGUGCAGACAGACUACACUACCCAGUUUAUUUUCCCCAUUCCCCAAGAAGUAUGACUUUGCGUGUACGAAAUCAACAGUGGAAUUUCAUUGGACAAUCAGGGGGAAUCCGUGACUCCUAUUGGCCAAUCCGCACAUCAAUCAAAGGGCAUCCAUGACUCAUGUGGGUGCUCCCUCGUUGGAAACAGGGAUGGAAUGGACUAGCAAUUGCAACAGCCCAGAAGAUCAAAAUACUUCAGAUUGAGUUCUCUUGUGGUAGUAUGGCAGCAGCGUUUCUAGAUGGCAAGGAUGCAAACUCUCUCCUCAAACGUUUUCCACGGGAUAAUGGUUUCCUUGAGGAGUUCCGGCCGGGCAACAUUGAAAGGGAGUGUGCCGAGGAGAGCUGCAGCUUUGAGGAGGCCAAUGAAGUGUUUGAAAAUAAGGAGCGAACGAUGGAGUUCUGGAAAAACCGCAGCAUCUACACAGUGAACAGCAAUGCUGAAUCGGAGCGCCCGGACACUGUGUACAUGGUGGUGCCCCUUCUGGGCGUGGCCCUUCUCAUCAUCAUCGCGCUCUUCCUUAUCUGGCGCUGUCAACUGCAGAAGGCCACGCGUCGGCGUCCGGCCUACACCCAGAACCGCUAUCUGGCUAACCGGAACGCCCGCAGCCUUCCGCGCAUUCUGGUGCACCGCGAACCUCCCUCGCAUUCAGAGAACUCUCACGCUAAUGACAGGCCCAGCGUGGUGGUCAGCGGUGCUGAGAGAGGCGGGGCUUCAGUCACCACCCAAGACACCCAUCAUCACGCCAGCCAUUCGCAGAACAAUCGCUCCCUGUACGUACAAGAUCCUUCUUUGUCCGUGACUUCUCAUCUGUCCGGCGCAACCCCGCCGCCAUCCUAUGAGGAAGUUACCGGCCACUUAGAGAGCAGCAGCGAUGAGACGACAGCCCCCUACAGCGACCCUCCCCCUAAAUAUGAGGAGAUUGUGCUAGAAAAGUGAGAGCUUUCAUAAAUAUGGACACAUAUAGCAGUAACCAAAAGUUACGGAUGCACUGGUUCCCAAGCACUUAUCCUAAUGUGGCUCUCACUCUGAACAGAGUGUGCAGGCUAUGUAUUUGACAGUCGCCUUGUGUCGUUGAUCGGUUCAUGGACUGCACUGGUAAACGUGGUUGUUUUUCAAGUCUCAAAGGGUCCUGCCUUCACACUCAUACAAUCUUCUCAUCUUUUCCGUGAACCUCUUUACAUCUCCUUCAACCUCUCACACCACAACGCAUGACGCACAAUGCAAAGCAGCUGUACUUCCGAAAGAAAAUGUACAGAAGUAAGUGAAGAAAAGAUAUAUCCCUCACCGAGAGUUGGCAAAUUGUGCACUGCAUUGUAAUGGCGUUGGCCAUCAAGCUUCAGAGCCUACUGGGAAACAAAAAGAUUGUUUAUGAGGCAAAACAAGAUGAUGUGCCAAAUCUAAUUGGUGUAUCGUACGAAUGUUCAGACACACCGAAUAUUUCUAGAGUGUGCGUCUUCUUGUUUAUAAAGUUGUGAUUUCAUAGAUUCCUUGACACUACUAAGUAUACUAAGCCCUGUGAAAUCUUAUACCAGCAGUAUCUCUGAUCCAUACCAACGUCAGAAUUAGUAAUACACUCUCACGUGUAAAUUGUGACACAGGAACAAAACAAAUGCAAAAUACAACAUCCAAAUCAUACAUGUGUAACGAUCACGCCGUCUUGUGGAAAAUGCACUCUCAUGUACGCACACAAUUUGAUUGUUUACAGACACAUACACAAAAAUGUACAUAGAAUGUGUGUGGAACUAGGCCUUAGAAACAAUAAGAGUAGUCAAUCAAAUCGUCUGCUCGGCAUGACAGGUUUUACCUCAAACGCUGUGCUCACAAUCACUAUCUCCCAAGACAUAAAUGCACAAAAAAAAAUCUGUGUUUGGGGCCCAUCCAUUGGAUAAUACAACAUUCCAGGCCCUCAAUUUCUUGUUAUGUUGACUGUUUAAAAUGUGUUUUAUUACCCUUUUUUAUAACAGCAUAAAAGCUGUUAAUUUUUACAAAGCUUUCUGUGGCUUUUGACAUCACCAGGUGCUAUACUGUACUAUAAUGCUGCUUGUUCUCACCAUGUUUCCCUCCUCAUCACUAUAUCUCUGUAUAUAUGGCUUGUGCUAUACCUAUUCAACCAAACAUGCAGCUGAAUCAUGUUUUCCAGCUCAGGUUAAACCAAUGAACUGCUGCCGUUGCAGUAAAUUUGUAAAUAAUCUCUCACACUGCCAACCUUUGAGCGACUGUGAUAUUCGGCUUAAGGUGCGGUCACAUUUACCGUUGUUUGGUGAAUUUUUGCGGCUGAUAACCAGUUAUUUCAAUAGGAAUCCAUGCAAUUAGGAAUUUUGCACAGCGAAAGAUUUCCCUACUCAGAUUUCGGGUUCAAGAUGUUCACUCAAAUUCACAGCAUUGACCAACAGAAAGCUGCUUGGUUUUAAAGUGACUUCUGUGGCUUUGUUUACACCUGGUAUUAAGAUGCGUUUUGGUAAUUAAUCCUUAUUAAAGAUACAAAAGUUAUUCAGUCGAGCAGUGAGUGAUUUUUUUCUUUUUCUUUGUCCUUUGUUUGAUUAACAUUAAAAACACAGACAGCAGCUGGAAUGCUAGGCUGCUCUCACUUUAAGAGCGAAUUUGUGUAUCUAAUAUACUGAUACUGUACACACAUGCGUUUACUUUCUCAACUGUGUACGUUCACUUAAGACAUAACCGACUAUGUUUACAAGGAUACUCUUUGUUUUUUUGUUCCUUGUGCUUGAAAUUGUCAAGGCUUAAACAUUCGUGAUGAUGCAGCGUUGGCCCGUCAAAUGUCCUGAGCAUCGUUCCCAUUUGUUUGUUCAUGCAUUGUUAGAAUUCAUAAAAAUGUUAUGGGCCAAAUGGAGAGUGACACCGUUUCAUAUACUCCCCAACACCGAUUUUUACUCACGUAGUGCUUGGCGAGUGUUAAUUUUAGUCCCUGAUAGCCGGUCUUUUGUGGCUGUUCGAACACAUUCAACAACAUGAGUGUUUACACUACGAAAUCAAUCCGGUCAAAUGCGUUUUCAACUACAUCUGGAAGUGGUUGAAAGUGGACAAACUCAAAACGUUUUAGACCCCAUUUGCACCUGUAUUUAGUUUCGUCCAAUUGUGAUCGGAUUGCCUGUGUGAGCUGUGUUUCAUACAUCACUACACUAAUGACAGUAGACAAUAAACCUUGUUUUGCCCGCAAAAUUUCGUGACCGCACCUUUAGCGUUGUGAUGGGAAUAUCGCUGUAUCAAUCCAAUAUGAAUGCAAAAGCGACAUUACAAGUGGGUCAGUGGGUUGUUGGGCGAAGCACUAAAACUAAUGGAGCCUUAAUAUAAUUGUGCUGAAAACACUGUAUUAUUAUAAAAUGCUCAUUUCAAAAAGGGUUAAAACUUUAGCCUGACCAAACGCUUUCAUACAAACAGUAGACCGAAUGGAUUGAAUAUAUAAACAAGCACAGUAUUGGAAGGAUGCACUGGGGAAGUGGAGUUUGACCUUGCUUCUCAUUGAAAAUGGAGGAAUUGCAAACUGCUUACUUGGCUUGAGGCUCCGCUCAUGUCUCCUGGGCUUCUUAAUUCAGUCGCAACAAUCAAUCCCACGAUGCCCUGUCAGGCUGUCUUUUGCGCUGAUGGAGCACCCAGCUCAGUAGACGGCUUUGAUAAUAGCUGGCUCAGACUGCAGAUCAGAUUAAGGCUUGAUUGCUGUUGAAAGACCAGUAAGAGAAUAGCGACAACUCACUUCAAGUGUUGAGAGGUGGGCUGGACUGUUGGUAGCCUCAAUGAGUUGUAAGUUAUGUUUGAAAAUUAUGAUGGUGUAUGGAGCAACAGGUCCCUAAUAUAACAACACUAUAUCAGAGGUAGCAAGAACUGAAGAAAAUGUCAAGUGUGGUUUAUCUUUGUGUUUAUUUUUGACCAAGAGAGAACUGUACGCGUGAAGAAAUAUGUUGGGGAAUAUGUGUAUGUAUAUGUGUUUGUGUCGUAUCUGGCCUGUUGCCAGCAGUCAUGUUCCUGUCUAGCUAGAAAGAAUGUGCCACAGGAGCCACAGGCUUUGGUUUAUAUACUAAAUAUAUAUGUUAUAUCCAAAACCAAUACAUAAUGCACCAUUGUUGUUCUUCAUGCCAAACUGCAUGAUUUUUUUCAUCAUUCAUAUGUUUUUUUUUCUUCUUCAUUUUAUCAUUUAUGUAUAAUUUUUCCACUGUGGCUCUGAUUAUCUUAGAUUUGCUUGUGCUGGUUACACAAAUUUUGCAUUUAAAUUUAAACACAUUUGAUAAACAUAAGCGCUACUGGCAUUUUAAUUCAUAAUUAAAUAAUAUGAUAAAAUUGUA